UAAACACGGUUACAGCUCAGAGCGUCGGAGCGCAGUUACCCAGAACCGCUCAGAGUUUAUGCAUCACGUUUCCUGGACGGGGUUCCUGAGGGAGGGCCCGGGAGGAGAAGGGAAGAGACGCAGUUAUGGGAAAGUUUUCUCCACUUUUUCCGAUUACAGCGGAUCUUUGCGCACAUUGCGUUGAAGGGGAUUGACAUUGAAGAGCAAGCUGAGGGACUGGAGACUGUGUGGAGGCAUCACCCACUUUAAGAAAGAGAAAGGAGCAGAGGAUGUCCAGAGCUGACUGGUCUUUCCUGGAACACCUGUUGGAGGAGGGCCAAGAGUACUCAACUGCUGUUGGCCGGGUCUGGAUCACUGUGCUCUUCCUGUUUCGCAUGCUGGUCCUGGGAACGGCGGCUGAAUCGGCGUGGGACGACGAGCAAGCUGACUUCGUCUGCAACACGAAGCAACCCGGUUGCACGGCCGUGUGCUAUGACAAAGCCUUCCCCAUAUCUCACUUCCGCUACUUUGUCCUCCAGGUCAUCUUUGUCUCCACUCCGACCAUCUUCUAUUUUGGAUAUGUGGCUAUCAAAGGUGGAAAGGACCCAAAAACGAAAGAGGGCAAAGGUGAAAGCGGGAGUGCAAAAAGUGACAUUGUGAAUGGGAGGGAGGAUACGAGGAGGACUAAAUACAAUGCAGAACAGAAAGAGGAAGGACAGAGUUGUGGGAAGUCAAAAGCGUCUCCUGAGACUCCAAAACUGAAAGGGAGCCUUCUGAGGGCAUAUGCUUUUAGCAUCCUGCUAAAAGUCAUCCUGGAGGCUGGAUUUAUCGCCGGACUUUGGUUCCUCUACGAUGGCUUCUUCAUUGCAGCCAGGUUUGAAUGCACAAGAUCCCCGUGUCCCCAUACUGUGGACUGCUUUGUCUCUCGGCCCACGGAGAAGACCAUCUUCACCAUCUACACUCAGGCGAUAGCUGGCAUUUCCCUUCUACUCAACUUUAUUGAACUCAUCCACCUAUUGAUGCUAGCUCUUUCCUACCGGCUGAAGAACAGGCAUAAGGACCACCUACCUCGAGCUGAGCAGGUACAAGGAACCCCAGCACUCCAAUUAGAGGUGUCCCAGACUUUUAUCACUGGAAGGAACAUCAGUGUCCCCUCCCAGGGUGGGGAGGUGAAAUUACCUGGUAACCCCUGUGAAAGCUACGCAGAUUCAGUAAUAGAGGUGAUCAGGGAAACAGGAGAGACAGGGGACAACUUUCCUCCAAGCUAUACAAACUGCACGGAAUCCACAGGACAAACACGUUCCAAACGAUGCAGUCACACAAAACAUUCCCAUCAAACUGGCAGACAUCUGAAAUGUCCCCAGAAGGAACAUACAAACCAGAAGCACUAUGUUUGAUAUCAGCUUUGAGUGCUCUUUUGGUUUCCUGCACGUGACACUUAACGAAGAGGAGCACGCAGUUUGAAGGAAAGCACAACAACCGCUGCACUGUGAACUCCGUGCCUCAGGGGCAGACAGACAUUUGGUGAUUUUAUUAUUUAUUUUGAUAAACAAAUCUAUUCAAAAUGAAACAUUUGGAGAACCCGCUGCCAAAGGCGGAAAAUGUGACUCCAUAACGAGAUUCAAGUCAUGAGAUGCCUUCCUAAUGGCAGCGCGAUGUGGAAAGAAAACAUAAGCAGAGGGAGCUACUGAGUGUUUAUGCAAGGAAAUUUAAAUUUAAACAUAUUCCCCCGAGAUUUGCACUGUAAGCCCAAGAGUCUUCUGGAACUUUGUUGCCUCCUAAUGGAUUCGUGCUCUCUGUGGAAUGCACUGGGCUCUGGAUCCUGCUCGGUUCCCAGAAGGAUAAUUGCUGCGCGGAUGCAGGCACGCAUGCAUGCACACACACAAUACGCUUGUUUCCUUUCACCCAGUGAGUUCUGGUCAAUCAAAAGUUGGAGAUGUGGCCAUGGAAAGCAAGAGGCGGUGGGAAGGAGCCAAAGCCAAAAGCUGGAAUUUGUGGGAUAGAAUGCUAUUUAAAGUGACCUUAGCAUUUGAGCUAUAGAGAGCAGAGGGACUGGCCUCUGGAUGAAAGCUCUUGCUCAUUAAUGUAAACUCAUGGCUGGGGCACUUCAACGAGCAGUAGCUGCAGUGCCUUCCGAAAAUAAACAGUUUUACAUGUUGUUG